AUGAAAUUUUGGAGAGAAGCUCUACAGCAAGCUAAAUAUGUAGUGGCACCUAUGGUGGAUCAAUCGGAAUUGGCCUGGCGCUUAUUGUGUCGUCGUUAUGGAGCGCAAUUAUGCUAUACUCCAAUGCUACACUCUGCAGUGUUUAUUCGUGAUGCGACCUAUAGGAGAGAAAACUUUAAGACUUGUCCGGAAGAUCGACCAUUAAUUGUACAGUUUUGCGGUAACGAUCCAGAUACCUUACUAAAAGCGGCUAAAAUUGUAGAGCCACAUUGUGACGCAGUCGAUUUAAAUCUUGGAUGCCCGCAAGCUAUUGCAAAGCGAGGUCAUUAUGGUGCCUUCUUACAGGAUGAUUGGAAAUUGUUGGAAAAAAUUGUAUCUCAUCUUCAUCAGAAUUUGAAAAUUCCUGUGACAUGUAAAAUUCGGAUUUUUAAUGACUUGGACAAGACAGUCAAAUACGCUCAAUUGCUAGAAAAAGCCGGGUGUCAGUUACUCACUGUCCAUGGAAGAACUAGAGAACAGAAAAAGGAAUUAACUGGAUUAGCUGAUUGGAACUUUAUUAAAGUUAUAAAAGAUAGCUUAUCCAUUCCGGUAUUUGCUAACGGGAAUAUCCAGUAUUUUGAAGAUUUGGAGCGAUGUUUUACCGCUACCGGUGUUGAUGGCAUUAUGUCUGCUGAGGGUAUACUAACCAAUCCAGCCUUAUUUUCCGGUAAACAAGUUUCCUGCUGGCAAGUUGCUGAAGAGUAUCUCCAAAUAGUACAUCAAUUUCCCUGUACUUUAUCAAGUGUGAGAGGACAUUUGUUUAAAAUUUGGAUACACGGUACUCAGCGCCAUCUUGAUCUCCGAAAUAAACUUGCAACUGGAAAGUCUUUGGAAGCACUUGUAGCAGUCAAUACAGAAUUUAAGCAACGUACAAUUGUACGUACUGCUGAAGAGCAAACAGCAGUUGCUAACCAAGGUAAAUUACCUUAUUGGAUUUGUCAACCAUACAUAAGACCAAGUCAUUCAUCCAAAAAAUCAUCCGAAAGGCAGGAAAGAGAUGAGGAAGUUAUUCGAAAAAAUAUAGAGGCAUCGCGAAAAGCCAGAAUCAAACGUAAAGGAAAUAAAAUUAAAAGCAAUGGUUGCAAGAGGGAACGAACUGAAUUUAAAUACAAGCCAUGUGCCAACUGCAGCAGCAAUCCAAGUGGUACACGUUGUGAAUAUGGCAUGUGUAGGAAAUGUUGCAAGAGCAAGACAUACAAUGAAGUAGUCGAUUGUAAAGGUAUAGUGAUAUUCUACUAUAGUUAA